AUGGGCGCCCAUUUAAGAAGAGGAUACAACAUCUCUCUUGAACAAAAAAGAAGCGAGAUCGAACUCAGAGCCCAGUCUAGUAGAGGACGACCUCGACACGAGACCAAUCGAGAGGAGCAAUCUCAGCGAGAGAUCCAACAGCCGCCCGACUCUAGAUCAAGAGAACGACCUGCUGGACCACAGCGAGGCAAUGACCCAAGAUACCAGCUUAGUGCCGCAGCAAAGGAGCGACUUCGCACGUUUAAGCUCCGGUCUGCCGCAGAUCAACGCAACCGCUAUGAGAAGACCAGUGGAGGGAGCGUUGCCGUUGGAAUUCGGCGUAUCCCCAGCCCUCAUCAACUCAAGAGCCACUUCUCUGGCUUUAGCAAUGAGGUCAAACAGAUUGACACCGCUGCUGCACCAAAUACCACGUCAAACCUUUGCAGUCCUUACGAGUACCGCCACAAGCCGUCAGAUUCCCUCUCAGAUCCAGCUUCCUUUCCAUCAGAACCCUCACACAGCUCUGAGCCAAUCCGCAACUUCGAUGAGUCCAGACGACAUAAUAGUGGACAACCCCACAGUAGAAGCAGUGAUCAACUUCAUCAACAACCAAUAGCUCAUGUGAUUUCAAGCGCAAGAGAACCGGAACGUCAUCCAAAAGAGGUUUGCCCUCAACCACAUGCUCAGCUCAUCCCCUGUGCCUCGGCCUUUGACUCGCCAACCCUCAGAGAUAACCUACAUGGUUUCUGGCCAACAACAGGUGCCAGAUCAACCACCCAACCAGAGACCUCAGACCACCUUGAGCCAGCAUCAAGAUACCAAAACGCAACGAACUCAAAACAACCAUUUGCCUCCACCCCCGUUACCAUCUACUCAACCCCCACCAGCUUCAGUGUAUUACAAUCAGCGCAGGUGAAUACAACACCUGUAAUACCGACAGGGAAGCUUCCAGCACCAGCAAAAGCUCUCCAAUUUUGUGCCGAACUACAAGCUGAUCCCACAAGCAGGAUGCUAGAGGUUGGAGAGUAUCUGAUGAGAGCGGAGAGGGCAGCCGGAAGAGUUUUCCGCUAUCGUGGGAGGGGAAGAGGAAGCAAUCAAGCCCAACAACAAGGCAACCAGCAGGAAGAAUUACCCCAAUAG